UUUCUCCUUAGUUUUUCCCUCUCUUGCUCACGAAAAUACCCUAUAUGUGUUCACCAAUGCAUCACCUUCCGAUCCAACGCAAUUUUGACCCUUAACGCUUCCGAAUUCCCAUCGAGUUUUACCCCAGCCUGAUUUUACUCACUGAGUUGGUUUGGUGGAAAAUAAUGUUGGAGGCCAUGGAGAGUUCCGUCAAUGGCGGUGGUUUAACACAAUUCCUGAGCUGCGGAGACAGUAGUGAAGAAGAACUCUCAGUGCUGCCACGUCACACUAAGGUGGUUGUCACUGGGAAUAACCGUACUAAAUCGGUUCUCGUUGGUCUACAAGGCGUGGUCAAGAAGGCUGUUGGACUUGGCGGGUGGCAUUGGCUGGUUCUUACAAAUGGCAUAGAAGUAAAGCUACAAAGAAAUGCCCUCAGCGUGAUUGAAGCUCCCACCGGUAAUGAAGAAGAUGACUACCUCGAAUUCGGAAACAUGCAGUGCAAUGGAUCAUACAUGACAUCUGAUGACACUCAAAAGUCCCACAGAUCGAGGCAUAGAUCACAUAAAUCGACGGGGUCUUCUCGCAAGACUUUGAGCAUGUCUCUUUCUUGUGACUCACAGUCUAAGAGUUCUGUUUCGACACCCCGCGAGUCCACGAAAAUUGACCUCAGCAAACUCGAGAUGGCUGCUCUGUGGAGAUAUUGGCGACACUUCAAUCUUGUGGAGGCCAUUCCCAAUCCAUCAAAAGAGCAACUAGUUGAUAUCGUUCAGAGGCAUUUCAUGGCACAGCAAAUGGAUGAGCUGCAGGUGAUCGUGGGAUUUGUUCAGGCCGCAAAGAGAUUGAAAACAGUUUGGAAAUGACAUGAAGGAUAAUGUUUAGACUGGCUUUCGAGUUUGUUUGUCAACAUCUCAAACGCUAACAGAUACUUGGUAUGGCAAUGUCCGUUCGAUAGUGAUAUCUGUAACAUAAGUUGAUCCGUGUUAGUAGGAUAGUAUCUUAUUUUGAACUAUAGAGGUUGAGUUUCAUUUUGGUAGAGUAGUUAAUGUAGAUAUAAUCCAAAACGAGACCUCCAAGAAGCUUCCUUUCUAC